AUGUCGUCCGCUUCCGCCUGCGCCAAGUGUGCCAACCCUCUGACCCUCACCGUCGACCAAGAUGAUGAAGCCGACGACGACUACGACGCUUCCAUGGACACCUCUACUCCAGAAACUUACCCAGACGACGUCAAACUUUCCUGCGGCGACCAUUUCCACUGGGAGUGCCUUCUCGACUCCUACGAGUACACGACCUGCCCAGCCUGCAACCGCUCCAUCGUUUCAACUCCCGACCAUGCAGGCUCGAGUUCCUCUUCCUCAGCACCGCCAGCAGAGGAGAGAAUCAUAGUCGACCUGAACAACGAGGGAGGACUACAGGAGGGUAUAGACAUCAUGCCCAUACUGAAGGAGGAAAGCUAUCUGCGAGCAUAUCCCGAGGAGAGGAAGAGUCGUGCUUUCCUGGAGUUCUGUCGAGAAGGCGACCACAGAGCGAUUGCGGAGCUGCUGAAGAGCUGUGCUGAAGAAGAGGACGAUGAUGACGACGACGACGAUGAAGGGAUGACAGAAGGUGUCAAAUCGCCGAGCAAGACCAUGGAUGAGAUACUGCGGUACCAGGAUCCGAUUGGCGACAUGGCUUCGGGCUUGCAUGCGGCAUGUGCCAAUGGCCAUCGUGAAGUCGCGUGGUUGCUCUUACUACUCGCAAGCGACUAUCCCGAGCUCGAAUUCCCAGCAUUAGUGUUUCAAGAAGCUGCCACACUGGGCGUGAUGCGGGAGGAGCAAGAGGGCAAGACAGACAUCCGCAGCUUGAAGGACGCGCAUUGGCGGACAGCAGAGGAUGUUGCGAGAGAGAUCGGCAUAAUUUGGAAUGGCUGGAUCGGUAACGGUAGGCUGGCCAUGCCUGGUGCUGGUGCUGGUGCUUCCGCUGGAGUUAUGACGGUCUAA